ACCAUUCUUAGGACAAGUCAUUUUUUCCUCAUCGAGUUAUUAGCAAGUGGCUACAUUAUUUCGGGAGUUAAUAAUCAAAUGGACCGUGUCACACUUCUGUUUUUCGCAACCUAGCUAACGCUAGCUUUCUGUUCUAGCUAGCUACCAUUCCAUCGCCGAUUGAAUGGUUAACCAUCAACAUGGCAAAGCAUAAAACAUCUGCAAAAGCUCUUAUAAUUGAAGAUGAUGAAGUCUGAGAAGAUGGUGAUGAUAUGAAUCCCUUUUCCUUCAAAGAGUUAAUCCGCAGUAAAAACCAAGAGGAUUCAGAUGAGAAGUACCCAACGCGAAAGGAGGCAUAUGGGAGCACAUUCCUGGCAGAGGGGGAAUAUACUAUCCCAGGCCCUAAGAGCUUUGAUCAAGACUUCCAGGGUCACUUUUAUGUAGACCCCGCACCGUUUCCUCAGUCUCUGGACAAUGAGACAAAGGAGUGGGCUGGGAGUUACCAGCCAUCAGCCAUUGAGGAGGCACAUGAAUUUAGACUGUGUGGCACUGCAGCAGCAGACAGCAGCACAUGCUCUGGUCAAUCUUCCCUGUGCACCGAGGAAGAAGAGGAUACUUCCUUAUCUGUAUGGCAGGUGGAUGAAGAAUUCUCACCAAAGGCCCCCCAGUACAGGAGUGCACCAGUGAACUAUGAGGGAGAUGACGAAACAUCCAUGGCAGAGCUCUCCUACAAGACCAAGAAGAGUAGUACAGAGAAUGGCCAUAGGGGUCAACAAAAGGGCCAAGUAGAGGGGUGCCGGUAUGAGAAUGAGAGACUUCGAGCUAGAGAGACAGCUGCCUUAAAUACAAUGAAACAUAACGCGCAAGUGGCCUCGGAGUACCUUAACAAAGCAGCACUCAAUGCUGAGACUUCCAUCAAGAAAUUACUUACAGGAGCAGAAACUCUUUGUCUGGUAUCUCAACUGCUGCAGUCCAUUGACAACAUAUCUGAGAUUCACAAUGAAGGCUGAUGGGGUUUAAGGAGGCUAUAGAAUUGAGAUCUAGGUCCAUCCAUCAAGAAACUGGAAAACAAUUAUGGCGUUUCAUUGUCACUCAACAUUCCCAGAUAAUCUAAAGUUGUAGUGUGUGCACUGAUUUGUGACAAAAUAAGAGAUAUUGCUUUUUUUUACUUGUACUUAAUAAAAUGUUUAGUUUUGAACCACUUUAAGAGGCCAUUUGAAAACAAUAUGCUAACAGCUGUAUUUAAAGCUGAGGCAAAUAUGACUGUGACUCAAAGUUGUUUGUGUAUUAUUUUGUGAGCAUUGUUUACACAUUUUACACUGCGUAUGUUCCACAAUCUUUGCUUGAACGUAGUCCUACUAUUCGUAGUAGGAAUUAUCAGGAUACUUCCUGUAGCUACUUGUCAGUUAAUUGCUUGCUAAGUUUUCCAACUGCUGAUACCACUACAUUUUUUAACCAGAAAUGGUAUUGUAUCCACUUUUGCUAAGACUGUCAGUCUGGUUAGUAAU